AUGCCGGCUCCGACGCCGUCUUCCCCGCCGCCGCCGGCAGCCGCAAACCCCAGCCACAAUCCGAGGCGGAAGCGGAAGCCCAGACCAAAAACAGCGCCCCCCUCCGCCCUAAAUCCUAACUGGGCGCAGCUCCAGUCGAAGCUCCCCCACCGCCCCGCCGCGACCCACCUCGGCAAGCGCAAGCACGAUGGUGGCCCUCCGGCGCCCGCGGAGCCGUCUUCACCACCCGCAGUGCAGGAGGUCAAACUCGAGCCAACCUCCGACGACACCAGCUUGACUAAAGCGGUGGCGAUUGACUGCGAGAUGGUCGGGGUAGGAUCUGAUGGCAGCAAAAGCGCUCUCGGUCGGGUUACCUUGGUUAAUUCCUUUGGCAAUGUUGUAUAUGAUGAAUAUGUUCGUACUGUGGAGCGAAUUGUGGACUACCGUACCCGGAUUAGUGGGAUUAGACCUAAGCACAUGAACAAAGCCAAAGAAUUCUGGGCCGUGCAGAAGGAAGUAGCUGAGCUGAUUAAAGGAAGAAUUCUGGUUGGUCAUGCGCUACACAAUGAUCUCAAGGUGUUGCUACUAAGCCACCCAAAGAAGGACAUUAGGGAUACAUCAGAAUAUGAGGUUUUCCGAAGGGAGAGAAAGAGGCGAUCAUUGAAGGAUCUUGCUGCUGAAGUACUUGGUGCUAAAAUACAACAGAGUGAACACUGCCCUAUCGAGGAUGCACGAGCUGCGAUGUUCAUUUACAACAAGCACAAGAAAGCAUGGGAGAAAAACAUGAAGGAACAAUUCAAAUUCAAAAAGAAGCUCAAGAAGCGAGGCAAGAAGAAAACUACCGAGUCCAAUGGGAAUGACCCCAAUGUCCCCACUGUUCUUCUAUAG